AUGGAUCUCUGUUAUGACACUUUGAAUGGAUCCUGUGAGAGAUACGACCGACCCUCUGACGUCUACGUUCCGAUGUUUAUCACCAUGAUGUUGACCACUUUCAUAACUGUUGUUGGGAAUCUACUGGUCAUUAUCUCCAUCGGACAUUUCAAGCAACUCCACACGCCAACAAACCAGCUCAUUCUAUCUCUCGCAGUUUGCGACUUUCUUCUCGGACUGUUUGUCAUGCCGUUGAGUGCCGUCCGUUCCAUGCAGGGUUGUUGGUACUUCGGUGACAUCGUCUGUAAGAUACACACAUGCUGUGACAUCACGCUCAGCACGGCUUCCAUUUUCCACCUCGUGUGCGUGUCGACCGAGCGUUACUUCGCCGUGUGCCGGCCGUUGACGUACCGCACCCGCAUCGGAUUUUCGACGGUGCUUUUCAUGAUAGCCUUCAGCUGGCUGGUCCCUGUCGUAUUUGCCUCCACGAUGAUCUUUGGCGAACUCAAUCUCAAGGGCAGCAGGGGCUUCUAUGAUGCACACGUGAAAUGCGUGGGAGGGUGUCACGUUUUCUUCGGACGUGGUUCGGCGGUGGUCUCCUCAAUGGUUUCUUUCUUCGUUCCCGGCCUGAUCAUAACUGGAAUAUAUUCAAGAAUCUACGCGGUUGCUUUGAACCAAGCGAGAUCCAUUAGUCGUCUGUUAAAUCAGUUGAGGAGAGAUUAUCCGUUGGGAGACGUACAACACAAAACGUAUAAGGCUACGAUAACCAUCGCUAUCGUGGUUGGGGUUUUUCUUAUUUGCUGGACCCCGUUUUUUCUUUUUAACAUCAUGAAUCCUUUUAUCGGGUACACCAUCCCUCCGAUGCUGAUUGAUGCUCUUGUUUGGUUUGGCUAUGCCAAUUCCACGUUUAAUCCAUUUAUUUAUGCAUUUCUGUAUUCUUGGUUCAGGAAGGCUGUGAGAAUCGUAGUAACUGGAAAGAUAUUCCAGAAGAACAGUAGUAGAGAACAGCUGUAUAUAUAAGUAGGUCAGUUAUGAUGGAGAUUGGCUAAAAAAAAAAUGAUUUCCUACUUUGCAAGAAAUCUGAAGACAUUUAAAAAUCACUUAAAUGAGUUUAUACUAACUUGGCAUGCAGGAUAUAUUGUUUUUUAUCUACAAGGGUCAAAGGUCUGGAUGAAUGGCAUCUCAUCAUACACCAGUCUUAAAUGUCAGGAGGGAAUUAUAGGUAAACAGUCUGAUGUCACGCUGCACCUGAUGGAUUAUUUAUUCUGAAGGAGCCUUUGUUGUGUUUGUUUUAAUGACUGAUGGUGUUAAAACAGGGAAUUGUGAUUUUCACAAGUCUAAGAUGCACUUCAUGAGGUACUGUAAGAGGUCUCAAGGGUCGUGAC